AUGAACCCCAAAAACUAUCUUUCGGUGCAGAGUUCCUAUCUGUACCUGCGGUCAUUGGUAUUCUCUGCUAUUUUCUGUACUAUUCUACCCCUCGUUCAUGCCACCGACUGGAUCCAAUACCCCUCCGAUGGAAUUGCUACGAUGACCCACUAUACGAUUCCCUCAGGUUUCAUAGCAGCCUGCGGAUGUACUUCCGAUAGUCUGGAUUACCCCACGGCUGCCAUGAGCCAAAUGGCCUACGGGAGCAGCACGGCUUAUGGACCUGCUUGUGGAAAAUGCUUCAAUCUCACACUUCUAAACACAUUUCUGUCCGAUCCACCGUUCUUUCCGGAUGUGGUGAAGAGCGUGGUCGUGAAGGUGACGGACCUAUGUCCCUUGAGCACGACGGGAUGGUGUAACGCCACGACGAGCGGACCCAACGCUGGAGGGAGCUUCCUCAACUUCGACCUCGCAUUUCCUUCCUCAGCCAUCCCCUCUGAUUUCUUUCCGUCAAAUGCAUCCUUCUAUGGCUAUACAGAUUUUGGCGUAUGGAACAUCAGCUACCAGUCCGUCAAUUGCUCGAAUGACUGGGCGGGGAGGAGCGAUGCCAGUGCCUUGGGAAGUGUGGCAAAUGAAGGAACGAGUGUUUGCUGUCCUGCGAACCCUACGGUGCGUACCUGUCUUGACGUUGCUACGGUUUCCCUGUCAAUUGGUGGUGGGAUGUGCCGCACUCUGAUACAAUAUUCGAUUUGCAGGGAAGUACGAACGAUACAUGCCCGUCAUACUCGGACGCAAAUGGUAUCCCGUACGUCUCUGUGA